AUGAAGAACUAUCUCUCGUUUGUGUUGGAGGUGGGACCACCCUGCAGCCGCUCUUCUCUCUCACCUCGUCCUGCUGCUAUUCAGGCUGCAGCUGCAGAGCUCUGUCACAGUAACUUUCAGUGUUUGUGCGGGACACAAAGAUGGAUGGAGGAGCUCGGGCUGAGUCUUCAAUGGGCCCUGGCCCAAGGUGUGCGACUCAGCUGCGCCCGUCCUGCCCAAUGCUGGGCUCUGGUGCUCUGCAGAGGACUGAGAGGGGGGCUGAGCACCACAGUAUGGCAACAGAUGCUUUUGUUGGGCCAAAAGUCUGAAAGGGGCCAGGGCAGGGAGCACACAGGAGUCAUUUUUCUCCCACUUUGCCAGUGCUUCAGUGAGCUGCGGAGCAACAGGAAAUGUGAGGGCAAAGCUGUGAUGGACUACGUAAGUGGGGCGCGCGGUUUUGGCCUGUUUUGUGGGCGACUUCAUUAA